AUGGGCACCUCUCCCUCCGACUCCCUGGCAGCAGCCGUGGAGGGCCUGCUCGAGGAGGUGGUGGCCCAGCGCCUGGGUCCCACCCCAAAGCGCAAGCAGCCUGAGGAGGUGGCAGAAGACAGCGCUGGCGAGCAGGAGAGGGCAACGAGGGCAGCGCAUCCACAGGACACCGACACGGAGGCGGCGCCUCCAGCGGCCAAGCGGGCCAAGCUGGAGCCGUCUGCCACCACGCUGGCGCUGGCGCUUCCGGCCGAGCCCGCGGCGCUCGCUUCCGCUGAUGCCCCGGCACCCACCAUCGCCACGACUGCGCCCAAGCUGCACCUGGCCACCGCCAGCCUGGCCGAGGAGGCGGCUGUGGACCUGGAGGCUGCAGUGGGUGAACUGCUGGGCCUGGACGGUGACGGCGAGCUGCCCGCCACCCAGCCCGUGGCCAGCACUCAGCCAGCAUACGAGGCAGCAGCAGUGCCAGGCACCAUGCAGCUGGACAGCCCUGCGCCUACUACUGUGGGCGAGGACCAGGCUGACCUGCUGGAUGUGGAGCCCACACAGGAUGUGGCCGACAGCGCCAGCCCAGCCAAUGGCGCAGCACCCACCAGCGCCGCAGAGCUGGCAGAGGGCCCCGCUGCCGCUGUGCCGCCAGCACCCACCAGCUGGGGCGUGGUCACCGCUCCUGCUCCCGCCCCGACCGAUGUGCCCCAGCUGGCUGCCGACUGCCCGCCGCCCACCACCAACGAAGCCACCCACAUCAACCUGCUCAAGGGGGACAUUGAGCAGGAUUUUGAUAACGCAGACGACUGGGAGCGCACCGAGGAGCACUUGGGCUGGUCCGGGUACAGCGGCGGCAUCGCAGACAGCCCCCCGAGCCCUUCCUCUACUGGGGGCACGGCCAAGCACUCUUCCACGCCGCCACCACCUGAGUCCAUCUGCGACUACCAGCUGCAGCCCAAGAAGGCGGGCAGCGGCGGGCUGGGCGUGGUUUACCCGGCGCAGCACACGCCCAGCGGCCGCUGCGUGGCCCUCAAGCUGGGCAACACCUUCACGCUGAUUGAGGGGCACCGGGACUUCUCCUGGACCACCUUUGCUACCGAAUGGAAUACCUAUGCCCAUCUGGCGGCCAGCGGCGAGGCGCUGCCCUGGAUGGCCGAGGCCUUUGAGUUUGGCCUGGUCAGGCUGGGCGACGGCGUGGCGCCCUGGAUCACGCUGUCGCUGCUGGGCCCCAGCGUGCACUCCCUGAAUCAGCGGGACCUGGCGCGGCCGGCACUGGGCGCGUAUGCCCGCGGCAUGCUGGCGGCCAUGGAGGGCCUGCACUCCCAGGGCUUUGUGCACAACGACAUCAAGCCCUCCAACUUCUGCGUGGCGCGCAGCUUCAACACCCAGGCAGCAAACUCACUGGUUGUCAGCCCCGCGGGAGCCGUGGCGCCACCUGUGGUGCUCAUCGACUUUGGCUUUGCCUCCAGGUUUGACGCUGCCACCGUGGGCGAGCCCCAGUCCUUUGUGGGCACCCCCGACUUUGCCGCCACCGCCGCGCUGCUGAGCGUGCGGCCGGGGCUGCGCGACGACUGCGAGGCGCUGGGCUACACAUUCCUGGACCUGGCACUGGAUGAAAUGCCCUGGGCGGUCACCAAGGACAGCCGGGAGCUGGACACCGGGGGCGAGCCGUGCGAGAUCACCUACUGGGGCCCUCGGGAGCUGGCGCUCAUGGAGCAGCGGCGCUCCGCCAAGUGGAGCCAGCUGGUGAAGGCGGGCCGCGUGCCCGCCUGGCUGGUGCAAUGGAUCUGCUACUGCAAAGACCUGGCGCCACAGGCAUGCCCCGACUAUGCCCACCUGAGGAGCCUGAUCGCCAUGGGGGAGCAGGAGGCAGCGGCUGCUCGGGCCAAGGCAGCCGCCGCUCGGGCGGGGGCCUGGAGGGUGGGGGCUGCAGAGGAGUAG